AUGUUUUCUGCUUUUCUUUUCAGUGUUGCUCUUUCUAAAGAUGAUGAGGAAAUCAAAUGGGAAAGUUUCAAACUUACAUUUGAUUUGUCCCAGUUAACUUCAGAUAAAUCAGGCUACAAUUGCACUAAUCCAAAUUUACCAGUAUUUUGGAAUGGAACUAACCACACGUGCACAGGCGUAUAUCAACCAAACGCUACUAAGUUACACAAUUUAAAAAUGACUCUAGACAAUAUCUCUUCAUUCAUGGGAUCUUUCAUUCGUGCACCAAAGCCUCCUGCUUCAAUCGAAAUCAAAGAUGUUGAAGGCGUUACUAAAAAUAUGACAAGGACAGAUGAAAGUGGCUCUCAUUUAGUUAUUUCUGUUAUUGUCCGUCCAUUUAUGAUUCGUGAUCAAAACAAUGUUAAUAGAAUGUUUGGCUUGAUAACAAAUAAAGAUUCAGAAACACACCGCCCAAUAGCAGGUAUUCUUGGCAUUGAUCAAGCAUAUUUUGAUGAUUUUGAAAAGGACACUUCCAAUGAAACAUAUCAUAAUUAUUAUUACCAAAAGUUCCUAGGGCUUACAUUCCGUAUCAUGGGUCUUGAUAGCUCUUGCUUUGACGAAUACCACCCAUAUGACUCUAAUGAACCACACGAUAAAGGCGGUAAUACAUGCAAUGUCACAAACCAGUACAACAAGACAUUCAAGUACCUUAAGACGCCAUUUGCCCAGACCUUCUUCACAAACCACUACAAGAAUGAACGUGCAGAUCCAAACAACCAAGAUUGCUAUGGUAUCGAAUUGGAUGACUUUGCCGACCGUGAUGACCUAUUUAAUCUUAGCCAGGUCUACUCUUCACCUGUAUCCAGAAUUUUCUAUUCCGAUAUCAGUGCCUACGCCGACUUCUACACAUUAUCAGAUAGGUACAAAAUGAACUUAAACAAGCGUAUCACAGAUGUCACCAUCAUGAUGCUUAGAGAUACUGGCUUUUAUCAGAUCAACUACCUUAAGGGCUCUCCUCUUAUUUGGGGUAACUCUGAAACAGGUGUUACUUUCGACAACUUCGCUACAGGUUCACCAAGGAACUGGCAACCUGGUUCAUACUAUAUUUCAAGCGAACAAGCAAAAUACCAAAUUCCAAGCUUUGACUUCAAGAUGAAACUUGAUCGUAGCAACAUCCAUUCAUCAUUGGCUACAUGCCCUAAUAAUCAGACUCUAGAUUUCUGCUAUGCUCAGGAAUGGUACCAGGGACCAAACAAGGAUGGCAUGAAUAUCGAUACUUCUAAUAGAGCUUUCGAUUUCAUUUAUCAGCCCAAGUUCAUGCCAGAAUCGAAACCACUUGAAGAUGAUGAGGCUUUCAUUAAAAUUCUCGAGGGCACGAUUGAUAGUAAACCAUUCAAAUACAAAUGCAACGAAAAUGGCUCAGUUACAUUGUCUCCAACCUCUUCAACUGGUUUUAAUUACACGUGCGAUUCCUCAGGUGUAAUAUUCACAUACAGUACUAAUAAUAAUCAUAUGACUACAAAAGCCGAAUGCCCAGAUCCAAAGGUUUUCUGCAAGACAUUGAACCUUUAUUUGAGUCAUUUCACAAGCGAAACUAACCCACUCAAGGAAAAGGAAAUCGAAACUAACAACAAUACCCUUACAAUUGUUCUCGCUGUCGUUAUCCCUGUUGUUAUUAUUAUCAUCCUCAUCAUCGUCGGUGUUGUUAUCCUUUCCCGCUAUAGAAUCGCAAAGAAGCGUCGUCAGCAGGAAGAUUUCAACCGUCUCAAGGCUAUCGCUGCUUCCGUCAAGAACCGUAAGAGAUCAGCCACAUCUGCCACAACAGGCAAGAAGCCACCGCCACCAGUUGCUGGAGGAGGCGAAGGCGGACCAAAGAAGCGUAUGAGAGCUUCUACAACAGCAGCCGCUCCAAAGUCCUUCACAGAUGCACCACCAGAUCCAAACGAGAAGAAGGAAGAAAAGACCGCUAAGGGAGACAAGCUCAACCAGAUUUUAUUCAUUGAGCAGCUCGAAAAGAACAGAGAAGCUAACCAGAAGAAGGAGGCCGAGGAGAAGCCACAAGAUAUAGAGAACGCUAAGCCAACUGAUGACCUUCUCCCAGCUGGCGAAACAAGACCAAGAAAGAAUUCUCUCUAA